AUGCCAAAGGCCACAGCUCGCCAUCACGAUUUGCUAUGCUACCAACAAUCUAAAGCAAAGACAAAGACCAAGUGCUUGUACCAUAAAUCAAUAUCCCAACCUUUUGAAAUACGAAUACGAUAUUUGUACGGUCGUCAAGAUUAUGCUAUAUGUACAGCUAUUUGUACGGUCGUUAAGAAUCUGCUUUACGUACAGCUCUCUUGUACGGUUAAAAGCUUAAAGUUAAAGCGAGUCGAACUCGAGUCGAUUGAGUUUACUGGACAUUCCGUCUCGGAAUUUGCCGUCUUCUUUUUUGGCCCUAAUUUCGGAUACCCAGCAGAACGCCCCACGCUAACGAACUUGGGCGAUCUAUCGGCUCGUCUUCGUUUUCUCAUGGACAGCGUGCGCACGCGGAGCCGGGGCAAGCAGCAGAAGAAGCGGGAGGGAUCGUGGCGGACUGCGGCCAACGAUGAGACCGACGUGGAAGAGGACGACGAGGAGAGAUCGGUGCCAGUGGUGAGCGGCGAGAACAAGAGGAAGCGGGCUCCCCGGAGCGGAGGUAGGGUGGUGAAGCUGAGGACGCUGUCACGGUACGAUGGAGCUAGUGAGGUUUCUGGGAGCACAGAGGACACCAAAGUGGAGUCUGCCGAGCAUGCCGAUGCUACGAGUGGGAAGGAUACGGAUUCACAGGUCGGGAAGAGGCGUGAGAGCUCUCGAGUCAGGAUCAAGACUUUUAAAGUUCGAGAAAAUGCCGAGGCAAAGGCGGAAGCUAAGCCCGGAAGGUUGAAGGUGGAGAAGAAAGAAAGCAAGGAAGUCACGAAGGAGAAGGAGGCAAGCAGCGUGCAGAAAAAAGUUGACGAGCCGAAGAAAACUCCGGAGAUUCCCCAAAGGCCACUGAAAGUACAUCUUACGUUCUCGGAUGCGAAGAGAAAGCCUGCAGGUUCUGCGAUAGAACCUCCGCAGGCUCCGACUCAAAAGGCAGCUGUGGUAAAGACCCCCAGCAGUACGCCGUCUUUGAGUUCGCCGGUACAAUCUCCUCCAAUUGACUCAACUCCUACUCCACAAUCUCCGCCAAGCGAGCUACGUGACGACGAGGUAGAAACUUCUCUAAAGAUCAUCAGGAAACUCAUGAAAAUGGACUCGGCACAUCCUUUUAACAGACCUGUUGACCCCGUAGGCCAAGGUGUCCCGGAUUACCUUGACAUAAUUGACACCCCGAUGGACUUCGGUACCAUAUGCGAAAAUCUAGAGAAACGUCAGAAGUAUAGAAACGCGUCGGAUGUUUACCGAGACAUUCAACAAAUCUGGACGAACUGCCGAAAGUAUAACCACAAAGGAGAUCCUAUCUUGGACUUGAUGAAGAAAGUCCAGAAGGCAUGCAGCAAGUAUUGGACAGCCAACGGUGUUCUUCGGGAUCCAAAGAAGUCAAAGACAGCGGACAAUGCGGCAGAAAAACCAUCCGAAAUUUUUGUUGCUAAGACAACAUCGGCACACAUUCCACAGAAACCUGCUGCCGGGACUAGUAAUCAUAAAUCAACGUGUGAGUGUGCUGUCUGCAUGAAUGUCCGGCGCAGGACCGCAAGAGAGAGGAGAGCCGUAGGUUUGGGAUCUGCGCGAGCCGUGAAGCGUCAAAUCGCGAAAAUGAAAGGCAAACAGGACCUCAAUGACUUAGAGCUGGAAGAACUAGCGCAGUUAGAAGAGGUUUACCUUGAUCAAGUGGAGGAGGAGGACCAAUUUUACCCCGCGAGCUACCAGAUUCCCCUCCGAGCUGUGAAUCCUCUAGUGCUGUCGAUGGGCCAGGCGCUGUUUAGCUGCAAUCUAAAGAAGAAGACCUAUCCACUAGCGAACCCGUUCGAAAACUUGGUCUCGGCCUACGCAGGAUGUAAGCAAAACUAAAAUUCUCUUCAUUCAUUGUCUUCAAGCUCGGGAGACUGUACCAUACCAAAGAGAAAAAUUCGCAAUCAAACCAUUUUAUACAUUUGACGCAAA